CUAAAAUCGCAGUAUGGAAGCUGUCGCUGCUAUCGCCUCGAUAGGGCAGCUUACCCAACUCAGCGCCCAAAUUCUGGCCGGGGGGUAUGGCUACCUUGCGAAGGUCGCGAGAGCCCCGUCCGAAGUGAGCGAACUGUUGACGGAAGCUGCUGCGAUAAACGGUUUGCUUGGGCAUCUUCAACAACUGUCGGAGUCCUCUUCCGCUCAAGACGAUCCUUUGAAGUCUUUAUCCAAGGUCGGCGUGUUCAAAGAAUGUUAUGAGCUUCUGAGCCUUGUCAAACGCGCUCUCGAGGCUUGCGAACAGAUCCACGGGAAAGAUUUGAAGAACGUCGGACGCAGGCUUCUUUGGCCGUUCAAGGAGCGGGAAACCAAAGAUGCACUACAGCGCUUCGCUCGGUUGAGAGGACUUCUUUCUACGGCAAUGAUGGCGAACUCUGCGCAAGCGCUUCGGCGAAUUGAAAAUAUCCAAGAGGCCAUAAAUAGCCAGGUGAACGAUUUGUCGAACCAGGUGGCGAGUCACCUAGAUCAAGAAGAACUGCGCAAACUAGACGUCUGGCUAGGUCCGUCAUUUCCAGCCAACACGUAUAAGAAGCUCGAAAAUGUGCUUCUAGUCCGACAGCGUGGCACUGGGUCCUGGCUGUUGAAUUCGAAGUUCUUCCGGGGGUGGACAAUUUCAUCGGGAGGCUUGCUAUGGGUGAAAGGAUUGCCUGGAUCUGGAAAGACUGUUCUUUGCUCAACCGUGAUUGAGAAUCUUCUUGGUACUGCCAAAAGUUCCAAGAUAGCAGUACUCUUCUUCUUUGGCGAUUAUCGAGACGAAAAAAAGUCAGCGACAACCGGUUUCGUACAGUGUCUUACACGUCAGCUUUUGAGACAAUCCCCAGAAUGCCAGCAGAAGACUCGCAUAAUCCAGAAGCAAAAGUCCAAGGACUUUGACUGUGGGCCUACCAACGCCGAUUGCCUUACGAUGAUGAAGUCCGGGAUCCUGUCUUUGGAGCGCACUUUCAUCGUCGUGGAUGCGCUCGACGAGGUGUCGGACAAGGAGUCCAUAUCUAAAAUGCUUAAAGAUAUUUUAGAAAUGUCAGUUUCAUCAUCGGAGAAAGGUGAAAGAACACCUGCUGUAAACGUGUUGGUGGCGAGCCGGGCCGACGCUAUUGUCGACCGCAUUCUUCGGCCUCUGAGACCGUACAUCCUCACACUAGAGGUCGGCAGUCGCCAGGAUAUUGAACAGUUUGUUGAGGCAGAAAUCGAAGUGCGAAUUCUUUCCCGCAAGCUGAAACUGCGGAACACGAGUCUUGGGCAAGAAAUAAAGGAAAAGAUAUUAAGCCGAGCCGGGACAUUUCUUCAAGCAAGGCUCCAGCUGGAUAGUUUGUCAGCGUUGAUGACAGACAGAGAAAUCAAAGUCGCUAUACAAAACCUGCCAGACGGUCUUGAAGCAACCUACGAAAAGAUACUAGCGACGUCGAUAGAUAGGUAUCCAGGACGUCUACAAGACAUCAAAACUCUUCUUCAAUGGCUAGUCGCAAGCGAAGAGCUUAUGUCCAUAUCCUCGCUAUCCGAAGUCAUUGCUGUGCGACCAGGGGAUACGUCCCUAGACGUUGAUGCUGUCCCUACAGAUCCAAAUGACAUUCUAGAGCCGAUUUGGCAGUUGCUGGUUAUCGAACACCUACACGGGGAUGCAGAGCCUCGAGUGAGAUUCUUGCACUUCUCUAUAAGAGAAUAUCUAUGCUCCCAAGCAAUACGACAGGGCCGUGCUAAGGACCUCUACAUCAACCGGACCGAAGCCCAGGAAAAGCUUGCGGAGACUUGUCUACAGUAUAUCUCAUUCGAAAACAUGGGCAUUUUGGUUCCCGACAUUGCCAAUCAGAUAUUCGAAACUUCGCAAGACAUCGAUGCAAGACUUCCUCCGCCACAGCCCUUUACACCAUCUCUUCUGAGAUACGCAGCAGCUUACUGGCAUCGACACUUUUGGAAAUGUAGCAACCUCAUCGACGAUCUCGAGUCUUUCAUGAAGCGCAUCGGACCCCGACUAGCGUGGUUUCUAUACCCUGACCAGCAUGCUUCUAUCUAUCAGCUUUGGGAAGCCGUCCUGAAAGCGUAUGACUUCAAGAUCAAAUACUACAAGAGCACUACCUCACCACUCUACUUUGCCAUUCGCUUCGGCCUAGAUGAUAUCGUUGACGUCCUUCUUCCCAAAUUUCCGAACAUCAAUUGCCACUUCUCAGAUAAAUACACGCCGCUCGUAUGCGCUGUACGCUACAACCACAUCAGCCUUGUUCGUAAGCUUAUCGAUCCGCGAGUUGGAGCGGACGUAGACUUUCCGACCAAAGCCAGGGGGCUUACCGCACUUCAUAUGGCGGCGGAGCUCGCAAAUGAGAGUAUGGUCGAGGUGCUUCUAAACGCAGGAGCAUCGAUCCAAGUGCGCUCGAAAUCAGGAACGACGCCUUUUUAUCGAGCUGCACGUGGUGGCUCAACGGAGAUCUUGCAACGGCUCUACGGACUGGGAAGCGAAGUAGAUGCAAAAACCUGGGAUAAUUGGACGCCCUUGAUGGAAGCCGUGGAGCAUGGGCAUGAAAAAGCAGUCGAGUUGCUGCUUAGGUGGGGUGCGGAUCCGCGGAAUGAAAGUCUUUAUGGGUCUACCCCGCUGAGUCUCUGUGACGAAUUUAGCGAGCUUGGUGAUGGGCGUGAUGGUUUUCGAGUAAUGCUGACUCGGGCACUGGAAGCGUCGGAGGAAAGGCCUGUAGGCGCCAUCCCAGACCAGGACGAAGAGGAAAUCCCGUGA